AUGUGUGUAGCUCGGAGCUUUUGUGGAAUCUGCCGUGUCGACAUGGGAGAGAUGAUAGCAUGGCUGCAUGAUGAGCGGGCCGCGUGUUCCAGUCACACGUCGUCAAGGCGUCAUGUAAUUAUCAUCAACAUCAUCAACAUCAUCAACAUCAUCAACAUCAUCAACAUCAUCAACAUCAUCAACAUCAUCAACAUCAUCAACAUCAUCAACAUCAUCAACAUCAUCAACAUCAUCAACAUCAUCAACAUCAUCAACAUCAUCAACAUCAUCAACAUCAUCAACAUCAUCAUCACAGUCAUAGAACCACAUCAAUCGCGAUUGCGCCCAAGUGCGAUUCAGGUAGCAAGUAGCAGCGAGGUCGCACCUGACGUGCACGCACUUCAGCAGGCGCAGCCCGCCGCAAACAUCCUGCCCUUGCAAAUACCGGCUAUCGCUAUCGCACCAUCCCAGCAACAGCAACUUCAGCUUCAGCUCCCUGCAUCUUCUUCCGGGAAACCGCCCGCGACCGCGACCGCGACCUCACAGCUAGCGAAAGACAGAGGAAAUGGGACCGGCAGCGGGGUCACCAGCGCCGGUAGUUUGGGACCAGACCAGCAACAGAUGCUGGAUUUGCAAAAAAAGCUGGACGCUUUGGUGGCAGAGCAUGCAAUUGUGGAGGCUGAAAAUGAGCGUCUUAAGACUCGGCUGCGGGUUCUAGAGGCCGUACUGCCUGUACGGCAGCAGCAGGCGCUCUGGGCCCAGUCCAAGACCGCAGCGGAGCGCGCUGCGGAGCGCUGCGCACCUCCCGACCCGGUACUCGCCAAUUUGCUGGAUAUGGCCCUGGCGCCGUCAGCGCCCAGUAGUUGUGCCACCUCGUCGCCAGCGCGCCAGGAAGGCACUCCAGCGGCCGCCGCAGCCGCCGCUGGCACUCCCGCUACCGGUUGCGCCGCGUGGUGCGGCCUUAGCGGCGGCGGCGCUGCCGCCGCCGACGGCAUUGCCACUGCCGCCAUCGCUGACAACAGCCUGGCGAUGACGGCGGCGGCGAUGGCGGCGGCGGCGGCGAGCAGUCCCGCAUUGGCUCUUGUUCCCGCCGAGCCGGCCCCGUGUGCAAGCUCCUCCUGCGGCGCCGCCAGCACCAGCACCGCCACCACAUCUGGAAACACAAACGCCGUCAACCCCCCGGCGCUCCGAAACCACCACCAUAACAACAACAACAGCAACCAGCACAACGGCAACCACUUCAGCGGUCAACAAUUCGCACGGAGCGGCUCGCUCAACAAUCACAACACUGACGACGCCGUUAUAGCUGGAAGACGCUGCUGCGCACACCACAACAGCAACCGUACCAACCACCACAUCAACCACCAAACCCACCACAGCAGCAGCCAUAUCCACCACCAUGGCGGCGGCGGCGGCGGCGGCGGCGGCGACUGCCUCACCCGCGGCCGUUUCCGUGGCAGCGGCGGCGGCGGCGACGGCGGCUGCUCCAGGGAACGUGCCGCCGAAUCCCCGUGUGACAGCCAGCCGCGGUGGCUGGACGCUUGGCGGACCUGGGUUCGCGAGGCGGCGUUACUGCUGCAGGCGUACGACGCUCGUCCCAACGACCACUACCUAACUCGUCUCGAGGAAGCUUUUACGAAGCUGAAAUCGGAGGUGGUGUACCUGGGGUUGCGGCAUCCGGAGCUCAUCUGCAAUAUGCGUUGUGUGAAUUUGGAGACGGGAGCGGAGCAGGAGUUUCCACAGGACAGUUUUUGGGCGCUGGUGGUGGGGGGGAUGAAGCUAGACCCGCAGCAGGUCGCCGAAUGCAAAUCCGCUCUGGCGCUAUACCGCGAGCGGAUGGCGGUCGUCCUGGCGGAGCGACGGAAGUUGGCGUCCCAGAUGUCGACUUGUUUGACGGCGCUUCAGUUGGAAGAGGCGGACGGCCGGGCGGCACCGGGCAGCCGUCGGCGCGAGGAGUUGAGUUUGGAAGCUGAGGAGGCGGCGUCUGCUUUGGAGGCGAAUGUGGCGGUGGAGGGCCAUACGACGUCCCUCGCGCGGGACCUGCUGGGAAGCAAGCUCUUCUCCAGAAUGCAGUGCGCCCGGGCCAGCGUCCUGUCGUACCCGUACUUUCCGGACGCUCUAGCCAUCAUCACCGCCGCCGUCGGCGAUCAUGACACGACAGGGACGGCGGCGGCGCCGCCGCCGCCGCAGUCCACGUCACCACCAUCGCUGCAGCAGCAAUAG